GAUGAUGAUGGCGUGAAAGAAAGAGAGAGAGAUUAAAGAAAUGAUGAUCAGUCAAGCGAGCUGUUUUUGGGAAGAGAGACUAAAGAAUCAGAAGACCAAAGACAAGAUCCUGACAAUGACUAAAGUAUGUCCUAAAACAGAAGAAAAGAGAGUGGUGUGUGAAGCAUUGGUUGAACCAAUUUCAGCAGAUGUGAGCUUUGCUUCUAAUCAUUUUCCAUCAUACAAGUUAGGACCUGAUGAUCAGAUUGUUGAUGAACCUGACGAAGAUGAUAAAGGUCCAUCUGUCAAAGAUGUCGUCGAUAAGGAGACCGGAGAUUUGUCAGAUCAGCACAAGAAGCUUUCAGUUCGUGAUCUCGCUUGCAAAUUUGACAAGAACUUAGCUGCAGCUUCUAAAUUGGUUAACGAGGCAAAGUUAAAUGAGGUGACUUCUUUGGAAGGACAUGUUAUGCUAAAGAAACUUAGGGAUGCUUUAGAAACUAUGAGAGGCCGUAUGGACGGGAGAAACAGAGAAGCAGUAGAAAAAGCUAUCUCCAUGGUUGAGGCUCUAGCCGUUAAGUUAACUCAAAAUGAAGGUGAACUAAUUCAAGAUAAGUUUGAAGUGAAGAAACUGGCAAGCUUCCUCAAGAAGGCUUCAGAUGAUGCGAAGAAGUUAGUAAACCAAGAAAAGUCGUUUGCUUGUGCUGAAAUAGAGAGUGCACGGGCUCUUGUGAUGAAACUUGGAGGGGAAUUCCAAGAACAGGAGCUUUGUUUUAAAGCUUCUAGAGAUCAGGGACCGAAUGUGGAGAAAUUAGUUGAGGAGGUUCAGGAGGCUAGACGAAUCAGACGGAUGCAUAAACCAACCGAGGUGAUUGGUAUGCAACAUGAGCUUCGUGAUUUAAAGAGUCAAAUCCAAGAGAAGUCUGCAUAUUCCGUUAAGCUUCAAAGAGAGAUAACAAUAAUCAAGAAAGCCGAGGGGUCCAAGUCAUGUCCAUAUGUUUUGGAUGGUGCACAAAGUCUUGGCUCGUGCCUAAGAAUCCGUGCCUCGUCAGACAGUGGUUUAGAUAUUUCCAAAUGUUCAAUCCAGUGGUACCGUGCAGCAUCCGAGUCUAGUCGAAGAGAAGCUAUAUCUGGUGCCAACCGGUCGGUAUAUGCUCCAGAACCAUUUGAUGUCGGGCGAGUGAUACAAGCAGACAUUGUUUCAAACGGCCAGAAGUCCAUAGUUACAACCGAUGGUCCAAUUAAUACUGCUGCUGGCUUGCAGUCACGCGUUGAAUCACUACUGCGCAAAUCUAACAGUGAAUUCACCGUUGUUAUAUCACAAAUGAAUGGACAAGACCAUGCAUCACGAUCCCACGUCUUUACUGUUGGAAGGGCGAGAAUAAAGCUGUCCCGAGGAUGGAUCACAAAGGCUAGAGAAAUAUAUUCAACCUCCAUGCAGCUUUGUGGAGUGAGAGGCAAUGCUAAUGUUCCUGCAAAGGCAUUGUUCUGGCAACUAAGAAAGGGUCUAACUUUCUUACUAACUUUCGAGUCAGAGCAAGAACGUAAUGCAGCCAUAGUACUCGCCCGAACAUAUGCAUAUGAUUGCAAUGUCACUCUAGUUGGACCAGAUGAUUGAGUUUUGUUUGGUCCAUCAUUGCUAAUUAGAUUGUUUUGGAGUGUGAAAUUGUAAUCAAGAUUUGUUUGUAUGUAAUAACAGAACAAUGUUUCAAUCAAUAAUACUACAUUCUACUCUUCCUUAAUUAAUGUAAUCAAAUGAAAAAUGGCUU